AUUAAUUUCUUUACGUAAUCACAAAAAAAGUAAUGAAAUCCAUUUAAGGAAAAUAAAAAAAAAACAAAAUUCUAGAAAUAUAUUUACUUACAAAUGAACAUCUUGCUUUGGCUUCAUUAAAUUAAUUUUAUUGAAAAAACAUCAUAAAUAGACGACAUUUUUACUUUUCAUUUCUUACGUUUGUUAGAUACUAAUGCCCGUAAAGAGAUAAGUUUGCAACAUGCAUUACAUCAGGCAUUACUAUGGCAAGCUGUACAAACAAUUCACACCGUAAUGUGGUACCAACUCUGUGUAAUUACAACAAUUCAUAUCGUUCUCGAUUAACCAUCAUGAACCAAACGUCAGUUCCAUCUCAGACCUAUAGAAAUAACAACCGUAAGAAUAGUGUUCAAGCAUGGCCACAAAUCGCGUACAAAUCUUACUUAUUGCUGUUUGUAUGACAACCGUCUGUACUUGGGCAAAGAAAUCUAAACAGAAAACUUACGAAAGCUCAAUAGAAGACGAAUUGUUUCCCAUCUACGAGUGUGACGAACGAAGCCGGGACUGGACAUUGCGCUGUCUUGUCCCCCUGACCAAUGCACAAAUGUCCGUAGAUCUGUGCCAAACCGGUGAGAGCCCCGAUCAGCAUGUGCUUCAACGUUGUGCUAAGGAGCUGCAAAUUCUUGGACAGUCCUGUCCACAACCGGUUGCCGUGGCAGAUAUUGCAAAAAACAUGCAAAUUCAUAAGCCACCGCCAAUGUCGUACAUAUCGCCCAACAUGCCGAAUGCGCCAAAGCAACCAUCUGCUAGUAAUAUGAAAGAUAAAUUCGCAUUGUAAGCUUUAGGAAAAAUACAGAUAAAUAAAAUAAAUCAGAGAAUGGUCUCAACAGCUUC